AUGGGGAAUGUUCAUCUGAAAGGAUCUUGCAGACUGGUGCAUAACAACAUGCUGGACUACCUCGGACAUUAUGUGAAUGCGUAUGAAGGAUCACCCAAAUUCUCGCUUACGUGGCUUGUCGACCUGGCACAUGACAACACCAAACUGUUAUAUCGUAGCGACUACGACCUGUACGACUUUUAUCUCAAGAACAGAGAUGCGUUGAACAACUCGUUUAUAUUCUUCUUCGGUGAUCAUGGACCGCGAUUCGGAUCGGAAGCUUCUACUAAAUUCGGUACCCGCGAACAGAACAACCCCUUCCUGUAUGUAGUACUACCAAAGCACUUGAGGCGUACACAACUUCAUCAACAGAUGUUGGAGAACAGCCAAGAACUUGUCACUCAUCACGAUCUGCACUCCACCCUCGAGGAUAUUCUCUAUGUGAGAACCAGCCCUCUGAGGAAUUUCUCUGAUUUUUCAUUCAAACGCUUCAACAGUGAUCCUCGUGGCUCGUCCUUGUUUCGACAGUUCGAGAGAGGCGUUGAGCGGACAUGCAAAACACUACCGAUACCGUUCCAGUACUGUAUAUGCCAGUAUAAGAUGACGAAUCUCACGGAUGAGAAGCUGGCACGCAGCCUUGGAGUUUUCGCUGCACAAGGUCUGGCAGCAAUUUUAGACUCUGAGAAAGUUUCUUCCAAAUGCGAGAAGAUCGCGAUGGAC